GCGCAUGCGUCUCCGGCUCUGUUGUCAUAAGGGCGCGCCGCGGUCUUCGCUCGCCCGGGAAGUGGGAGAGUUGCUAUGGCGAGUCCGGCCGCCUCGUCUGUGCGACCGCCGAGGCCCAAGAAAGAACCGCAGGCCCUCGUCAUCCCCAAGAAUGCGGCGGAAGAGCAGAAGCUUAAGCUGGAGCGACUCAUGAAGAACCCGGACAAAGCAGUUCCAAUCCCGGAAAAAAUGAGUGAAUGGGCACCUCGACCUCCCCCAGAAUUUGUCCGAGAUGUAAUGGGUUCAAGUGCUGGGGCUGGCAGUGGAGAGUUCCACGUGUAUAGGCAUCUGCGCCGCAGAGAGUACCAGCGACAGGACUACAUGGAUGCCAUGGCUGAGAAGCAAAAAUUGGAUGCAGAGUUUCAGAAGAGAUUGGAAAAGAAUAAAAUUGCUGCAGAGGAGCAGACUGCAAAGCGUCGGAAAAAGCGCCAGAAGUUAAAAGAGAAGAAACUGUUGGCAAAGAAGAUGAAACUUGAGCAAAAGAAACAAAAAGAGGGACCCAGUCAGUCCCAGGAGCAGCAGUCCAGUAGCUCUGAGGAGGCAUCUGGAACAGAGGAGGAGGAAGACGAACCCAGCUUCAUCAUGAGGCGAUGAGGUGCUUGCACAGCAGCCAUUGGGCGCCUGGUCAUUCUGUGACAGGGGCCCCAAAUCCUCAUUGUGACCAGAAGAAAAGAGCCUGCUUGGCUCAGCUGCCCAGGACUCGCUGCGUAGGGAGCACGUGGGAGCUGCUUGCAGUCUUGUUGGCAGGACUCUGCCUGGGGGACAAGGGAUCGUGUCCUGGAGGGCACUGCCUCGAUCCUCCUUCCAUGCUCCUGCUUUAGGGAAAGGCCUCAUCGCUGACCGCUGGCUGCUGUUCUCUGGGAUUUAAAUGGCAGUGAGCUUGGGGCUGGUUUCUGUUAAGGGAAUAUUUAUUUAGUAAAAAACAAACAAACAAAAAACAGAAAACCUCUAGGCGCUGUUCACAUACACGGAACGUUGAUCACAGAGCUGUGGAAAGGCUGUGAGGUGACACAGAGGCGGGGCCUGGAAGGCCAGCAGUCCUGUUUACUGGUCAGCUCCCUACCCCUGCACAGCCUACAGCCCUGCUCUGGUACCUGCGCAGUCACUGGUCCCUGAUCCUGUUCUUCCUCUGAGGAUGCAGAGCAAGCUGCACAAGAGCCACAGCUCAGCAGCUCCCAGAACCAGGGGAGGUGUGGGAGGGACUUCAGGGGCUGGGCCACAGGAACAGGCCCUGCUGGCUGGGGUGCUGUUGGGAACAGUGGAAACCAGAGGAUUAGCAGUGGGAGAAUCCAGGCCCUGUAAGGGGUCUGAGCCGGGCCAAAGCUGCAUUUCUAUCCUCAUGUCACCAGGAAUCUAAACAGAAAGGGGACUGAAGUAUCCAGGCAGCUGGUUGGAACUUUACUCCAGAUCACAGGAGCCAGAGACAGAGAGGAGGCCAGCCCUCCCGCUGUGUCCUCAGGUGGAUACAGUCCAGGCCCUGUGUGCACACUGGCCCAGGGACAAGCAGUGCAGGGUGCUGUGCUGGAGCAGGGAGCUUGGGAGGUGAUCAGAGUUAGCUCUGACCUCAGUGUCUGACCCAGUGCCUUUGACCUGGGUGCCUUGAGGCCAGUUAGGGCAACAGAGACAGUUUGUGUUGAGAGUCUGUGCUCCGUUUUUGGAUCAUUUCCAGCUCCUACACAUGUAUGUGCCUUUUAUGGACUUGAGUAGCUGUAAGGAAAAAGUGGUUUGAGUGAAGGGAAACAGAAGGUUUUACUUCUUUCACACAGAGUUCCCUGGCCCCACUGAGAGCCAUGGGACAUCACUGAUAACUUCUGUCCCAGGAGUUUCUCUUUCCCAAGAAGCAGAAAUGAAGAGUCCGUCCUAAUAAAUUAACACAUACCCUGGCUAUGUAUUUGGAAGCCUGCAUUUCUCAUGCUGGGGACUGGCCAGUUGGUUUUGUGGGGGGGGUUUGUUUUGUUGUUUGUAUGUUUUGAUUGAACAGAAGGGUACUUUACUAUGGAGCUAGAUCCCCAGACCUUUUUUUAUUUUGAGAAAGGAUCUUGCUAAAUUGACCAGUUGGCCUCCUACCUCAGCGUCACAAGUCGCUGGGAUUGUCCGGAGGAGCCUGCCUCCGUAUUUCCCUGAGGAGCAGGGGUUCAGGGUUCACUCUGUAGUAUUGUCGUAUGUGUCUGUAGGCAGAGAGUGUGUGUGAGCAACCUGGAGUGACAGGGACAGUUUUCCUGAAGCAGGGAACUACACGUUGUCGCUCCUUGCCAUAACACUGUGUGGAUACAGGACCACAGGUGUCAGCCGCGGCCAGCCCUGACUGCCCUCAGAUGGCCCCUUUAUACCCCAGACCUCCACUGCUCCCCAUCCCUCAUGUUAACUGUCAGAGCAGGAAGAAAGGAGGCAUUCGGGUCACCCUGACACUGCCCCCAGCUCACAGCGUCAUCUGCCACAGCUCAGAUGGUCUCACCUGUCUCCUGAAUCUCCUCCCUGAGCCAGCACACAGCCCGGUCUCCAUCUGUCCUCCCCACCUCAGUCCAGCUCCACGUUCUCUGUUUGCUUCCACCGCUUCCCGCAUCCCACUCCAUGGUCUCACUGAUGAGACAGCCCUCACCAGGUAGCCCUUGGUGGCCUUUGUAGACUCACUCGGCAUUCCUGGCGGGGCCUUGCUGGCUGGCUUCCUGCCUUUGCUUGCCUCUCAGCUCACCCUGCAGUGCUGGGGCGACCCAGUGUGCUCCUGUGUCCUGUCCAAGAGGUCUUGUCUGGCUUUAGACACCGUCCUUGCUGGAACCUUGUGAGGGUGUGAGCUUCCUCCCCUCAGAGCCCCGAACUCGGGUCCCACUGCCUAUCGAGGGCUCCUCUUCAUGUCCAAUGGGAGCCUCUAGCUGGUAUGAGAAGAAUGAGAAUUUCAGCCUAUUCCCCCACCCAUUUCCCCAUUGUGGUGAGCUGUGCCACCAUCGAUACCAGUACUUGAGCCCCUCAUCUGAGGAUCAGGGUCAUCUUUGGUUCCUGUUUUCUUACCCCCCACCAUCAUCCAUCAGAAGGUUCUGGACUUGCUCACUCUCUGGUCUCUCUCAUUCCGCACACUCCACAAACACCAGCAUCUUUUGGCCACUUCUGCUUAUUCUCUACCCCCAAUCCAUCCUCCACAUAGUAGCCAGAGUCUCUUUAAAAACUCACCAGAUCUUCCCACCCCGCUGUGUUAGGGCCCCUGGCUUCCCUCACUGGGGAUGAACAGGAGCUGCCAGGCUCUGCCGUAAGACUCUGCCUCCGCCUUCUCAUCCCUGGCCAUCUCCCCGGCUCUGGGCCAACCUUGAGUGCCCUGCACUUGCCCUGCUGUGUCCUCUUAGUGGGGCCUCAGCCACAUCCCUUGGAGAGGCCUUUCUCACCACCGCCUGUUUCUCCAGCACAACACCUGUCAUUAUUUUCUGCCCUGCCACACCUUCAGCUCCAAAAGGACAAGGCCCUUUGCUCAUUCUGGUUUUUGUUGCAUUCCCUAGUGCCAGCACAGUGCUUGGGACAUCACAGGUGCUCAGUAAAUGACCUUUAAAUGAUUGAGCAGAGCCAGGCACUGGAAGCAGAGAAGUUCUUCAAACCCAACAAACUGCAGAUACAGCAGGAAAACGUUUAGACACCAGUCAGUGGUUGGUUAAAAGGGAUUGUCCCAUGCAUGCAGCACCUGGGAGGGACCUGCUUAGAAAUCCAGAUACCAGGGUGACGUCCCCCAGAGAUCUGAUUCAUUACAUUUCAGGCCCAAAAUAUACAUUUUAAGUGUGAGAUCCAGGAAGGCUGGCUUGGAGCACCUUAGCUACCAUUACUGCUUUAAAUUCACUUUUCUGUUUUUAACAUUUAUCUUUUGGAAAAAAUGUGAAAUUGAGUUAGAGAAGUGAUGUUCUACUGACCUUUUGAAACUCAGUCCAGCUCCUAAGGCCACACAGAAGGCGGAGAAACUGCAUAUCUGGUAAUCGUGGAAACAGGCGUGUUCCCCCUUCUCCCCUUUGGAAGUUAAUUUCUGUUUACUCUUUGACAUACUUGAUGAAAGUGAGCUACGAUUAUCAUAUAUUAGCAUGUAUUUCCAUAAAGAGCAAUCUUAGAAAUUAACCUGGAACAAGUCCAAAGAAGCUGUUUCUUGUUCCAGGAAAUGUAGCAAAUGUUUACUGAAUGCAAAGUGCUCAACCCAAAUGAUCCCAGGGUCAUUGCUAGGCACUGGAUAUGGUGAAGGUGAGUUUCCCUUCAAGCAGUCCAACACUUUGAUCAGGAACAGGACCUGAGCACAACAGUGCAGAGUGCUGUGCAGGCCUCUGACCCUGCUUUCAGGAGGCAACCUGUCAUUUUGUGUUGCAGGGAAUAACUGGAAGGGAACAGGUGGGAGCCACCAGUGGCCUUAACAGAGGCAACUUCCAGCAGGAGAAUUCAGGGAGAGGAGGAGGCCAGGAUGAUACCAGGUUGACCAUGUCACCAAAGGGGGAUGAAGGAAUAUCCCCUGGGGACAUGUGGCCCAGGAGGUGGACAGGUGUGUGAGGGAAAAAUGACAAAAUGUAGCUGUGGGCAUGGUGACGUCGAGGGUCCCUGGGAUGUGCACUGCAGAGAUGACUCCCAGGCUUAGGAGAUCCGACCUAAGAGGAUAGCUUGGAGUCUCGGGUUGCACCUGGUCCCUGGGCCAAUAGAAAAGGGGGAGAUGUUAAAGAGGGUGAGAAAGAGAUGGGAGAUGGCUGGAGGGAUUGAGCAGUGGAGGAAAGGAAUGGGUCUCAGCAAGGUCAGGGGAGAGCCAUGGUGGGAUAUGAAGGGAAUAAGAAAAAUUAGAAAGUGUUUACUGAACACAAAGUGCUAAACCCAAAUGAUUCCAGGGUCAUUACUAGGCACUUGGAGUGGGCUUUCUCCUCUUCGUGUCCAAUGGAAGCUAAGUGAGUGUAAUGGUUUGUCCUCCCAAUUCAUUCAGGAACUUAAUCCCCACAAAGUUUUAUGAUAAUAGUAUUAAGAAGCUAAAAACAAUCCAACUGAGUUUAAAGGUGGGCCUUUGGGAAAGAGAUUAGAUUUGAGGGCCCUGUGAUUGAAUCCCACUGACUUUGAGAGGGAGAAAGACCACACAGAGAUACCCACAUGCCCACUGUGAUCUAAUGCAGUCCCAGGGGUCUUCCCCAGAGCCUGGGCCACUGCAUUUGGACCUCAUACCUUCAGAACUGUGAGUCAAAAUAAACCUCAUCUUUAUAAAGUA